AUGCUGGUGCUAGUAUGGGGCGAGGUGGUGUGGAGCGGCUGGGUGGCGUGGCGCGUGCGGCGCUGGCUGCGCGGCGACGACGCGGCCGAGCUGCGCCACGCGCUGGCGCUCGGCGACCACCUGCACCCGCUGCUGCAGCACCUCGCGCACUACCACCCGUUACCCGAAAAAGUCAAUCAACUCAUGGCGGAGGCCGAGGCCGAUUUGCCGCGCUACCUAUACGUAAUGGCGAGCGCGAGUUGCGUGCUGGUGGCGCUGCAGCUGGGCGCGGCCGCGCUGGCGCUGUGCGCGGCGCACACGGCGCGCCGCCGCCGCGCCCACUCCCGCGCCUGCAGCGACGUCACCAUCACUACGCCUCUGAGGUAUGUACGUAAACAUGUACAAAUCAUACGGCGAUUGAUGCACUCCAAACAAAAAUUAAAAGGCAAAUGUAACAUAUUGCAGUUCGCGGAAGGGCCACAGCGACAAAACUCCACUCAGAGCCGUGUACAGAAACGGACGUCUCGUGAUAGUGUGAGGCUGGGGGACGGAGACACGGGGGGCUCACGAGGUGCAGAGGGACACUGGAUAUUGACAAUAUCUCGAAGAAUCGCAACAUUGCCAUAUGGGCCUAUUGUUGACAUUUUCCCGAGCGCGCCGCCGGCGCGCGGCGGCGCCACUGCGGCGCGCUCGGGCAUCGUCUUAAAGCUAUUUGGCACCAGGUAUCUCCUGACAACCGCCACGACGUGGAAGUGGAGU